AUGGUAACUAGUGGAGUCGUAUAUCCCGGUGUAAGCAUCGGUAUCCACGAUACUUAUACUUCGGCCGGAACAUCCACACUGGGUGGUCUUGUCCAGCUCCAGCUGCCCAGCGAAUCGCGAUGGCGCACCUAUGGUCUAACUUGCUUCUACGCCGUUUGGCCCCCGGAAGAGAAUCGCUCGAAACGAAUGCUACAAAUUGCAGGAGCAGAAACCGCGCUUUCGAACUGGGAGUACGGACUACGGCCCCCUCAGACUCGAACCCCCACCCUCCGCUAUUGCCAGAAAGAUCUUGAGAGUUAA